AUGGCUGGUAUCUUUGCCACCAGGGCGGCGUUCGCCACGGCGACGCCCAAGUUGUUUCUCUUUUGCCUGAUCUACGCCCUUGGUAGCAUCUUCUUUGGCUACGAUGGAGCGUCGUUUGGCGGUGUCCAGGCCAUGAGCCCAUUCCUGCGCAAGUUCGGAAAGUACAACGAGGCCAAGGGGACGUACACGCUACCGAAGCAGCUCGCGUCCUUGAUGAACAGUCUGCCGCUGAUUGGCAAGUUUACCGGCACCAUUAUUGUCGGACCCAUUAUUGAGAAGAUUGGCCACCGAUGGACCAUGAUGUUUACCUGCGGCGUGCAGAUUAUCGGACCGAUCAUCCAAGUAACGAGUAACAACCCUGCGCAGUUUAUUGUGGGACGAUUCCUGGUCUACACUGCGGUCGGCCUCGUCGAGAACGUCGUCCCCACAUAUCAAUCGGAAAUUGCACCCGGUGUACUUCGCGGCUUCUUCGUCGGUUCGAUCCAGCUAUGCCUCACCACGGGCUCCCUCAUCGCCGGCAUCGUCAACGAGUCCAUGUCCAAAAAGGUCAACAACUCGGGCUGGCAGAUCGCCACUGCGCUACAGGCCCUCCCCGCCGUCCUGAUCCUGGGCCUGCUCUGGUUCACGCCCAACUCGCCCCGCUGGCUCGUGUUCAACGACCGCUCCGACGAAGCCCUCCAGGUUUUACGUUCGGUCCGACGCAAAGAAGACGUGGACCGCGGCCUCCCGGAGCUCGAGAUCGCGGCGAUGCGCGAAGAGGGCCACGUCGGCAGGCGGGAAAAGGCGCCCUGGAAGGACCUCUUCAACAAGCGCAACCUGCGCCGCACGACGAUUGCCUGCACCGUCAUGACGUUCCAGCAGCUCACGGGCGUGACGUUUAGUUCCUCGUACGGCCCGACGUUUUACCGCUCCGUCGGCCUCGCGGAUAAGGCGUUCGUGUACGCGGUGGUGAACAACGCGACGUCGGUGGUGACGGCCAUGAUGGCCAUGUUCUUCUUCGACGUGUUUGGGCGGCGCAGCCUCAUCGUGCACGGCGGGUGGUCGCAGGGCGCGUUCCUCGUCGCCAUCGCGGCGCUGGGGAGGAUUCAGGAUCCCAACGUGCACCAGAGCAACGGGAUCGUGGCGGGCAUGCAGCUGUACACGUGUAUUCUGCACAUGACGCUGGGGCCGGGCGCGUAUAUUACCGCGGCGGAGAUUGGGACGCAGACGCUGCGUGAGAAGACGAUGGCGUUUUCGACUGCCAUCAACGUCGUUGUUGGGUUUGCGGUCGUGUUUGCGACGCCGUAUCUUCUCGCCGAUAUCGGUUCGGGUACGGCGUAUAUCUGGGGAGGAUUCGCGUUCUUGUCGUCCAUCUGGGCGUGGUUCUUCCUUCCCGAACUCAAGGGGCGCAACUUGGAAGAGAUUGACCAGCUGUUCGACGCCAACAUUCCGGCGUGGCAGUUUGGUAGCUACGAGACAGAGGGCUUGAGCCACGACUUGCACGCCGUCGAGCAGGGCCAAGUUACCCAGAAGGAGGCGGCGAUGGAGCUCGAAGAAGUCGAGGCACGCCAUGCUGCGGCGGCAGAUAAGAAACAAGAGGUGUGA